CGCCCCCCGGCGCGGGCGGGGAGAGGGGAGCAAGCCGGGGGAGGCGGCGUAGGCUCCCUGCGCAGCGGUGCGCGGAGCCGCUGCGGUCGGGAGUGCCCGGCUCUCCCGCGGGCUGCGCGCAGUCGUCGCCUGCUACCGGCGAGCCAUCGCAGUGACCGGCAGUUAGAAGAAGCGUGCCUUAUGGGACUGAUCCCCUGGCCCAGUUUUUUGGUUGGUUUAUUCACCACUGUGCCGCCCUGCAUUUAUCCCUGGGAGCCUCCCCCAGUGUCCUUAAGCCUGUCUCCGAGACCCCCCAUCUUCUUCCCUCACCCCGAGAAAGAGUUGGGAAAAGCAGCCAUUUCAGUCUCCCGGGGGAGUGAGUGCUUAACCUCAGAGAAGAGGACGCCCUGACGCCCUCUUCUCCGCCACUGUCUACUAACUAACCAGCCUCACUGCCCUUAGCGUCCUGAAGUCCUUUACGCAUCUACUCCCUUAAGGCUAGGGCGGAGACAACUUGCUGCCCGCCUUUACAUCUCCGGAUGCCAGAGGGACCAUCUGUGAGGAAGUUCCACCGCUUGGUCUCCCCCUUUGUGGGGCAGCAGGUGGUCAAGACAGGGGGCAGCAGUCAGAAGCUGACCCCUGCCAGCUUGCAGUCUCUGUGGCUCCAAGAUACACAGGUCCAUGGAAAGAAAUUAUUCCUUAGAUUUGAGCCAGAUGAAGAACUUGGUUCCCUUGGCAACAUCUCACUGCCAGAGUCUCUAGAAAAAGGAGAGAGGAAGGAAGAGGCCCAGGACCAAAAGCAGGCCUCGGGGCCCAGCAGCCAGAAAACCUCUCAGCCGCCCUCUCAGUCCCUGGAGCAUGUUGCUCUGAGUGGAGACAGUGGUUUGGAGGGUUUGCGGGGAGAUGCCGCUAUGGGAGCUGUGGAGAGGUGGCUGCAGGUCAGCUUUGGUAUGUUUGGCAGCAUUUGGGUGAACGAAUUCUCCAGAGCAAAGAAAGCAAACAAGAGGGGCGACUGGAGGGACCCCAUUCCAAGGUUGGUCCUGUACUUUGGUGGUGGCGGCUUCCUGGCAUUCUAUAAUUGUCAGAUGUCUUGGAGCUCUUCCCCAGUGGUCAGACCUGCCUCUGACAUCUUGUCGGAAAAGUUUGAUCGAAGACAAGCCUUGGAAGCUUUGAGCCAGGAGCAGCCUGUCUGCUAUACCCUGUUGGACCAAAGAUACUUCUCAGGCUUAGGGAACAUCAUUAAGAAUGAAGCCUUGUACAGAGCGGGGAUCCAUCCCCUUUCUCUCGGCUCGCUCCUCAGCCCUCAGCACCUCGAGGCCCUCGUGGAUCAUGUGGUGGAGUUCAGUGCGGACUGGCUUCAGGGCAAGUUCGAGGGCAGACAGCAGCACCCGCAGAUCUACCAGAAAGAACAGUGCCCUGGGGGACACCGGGUCAUGAGAGAGGCGUUUGGGCCUCCGGGCGGCUUCCAGAGGCUCACAUGGUGGUGCCCGCAGUGCCAGCCCAGGUUGUCUCCUGAUGAGCAAGGGCAGGUCCAGCUCUCCUAGGGGACUCCCGCCCGUCUUCACAGAACCUGGCCCUUGGGGGGCUGUGAUUCCUGAAUGUCCGGAGGGUGGGUGUUGUCGGUGCUUGGGCUUGGCUACAGGAAUAGAGGGUGGGGGGAUGGGUGUCAGGACUGUUGCAAGCCGUCUCACUGGACUUGGGUUGAAGGCUGUUCCUACAGGGUUAGAUGUUUUUUUGCUUCUCUCAUUUCUGUUAAUUCUUCCAUCUAAUUCUGCCAUUGUGGAAGAUGAGGAAAAGUCAUGAGGACAGUACAGGGAAACACCUCCCAGUGGGGCAUUGAAAUGAAAGCGCCUGCAAAACAGCUCUGCCUCCACAUUGCUUUGUAUGUGCUUGGUUUUGUGUUUGAAACCUUGGUUGGUUGUAAGGCUCUCCAUUUGAGAAAUGGGACAACAGAAGUCUUUUUCUUUGUUCCCCUAGGGGGAUCCAGGAGUGAGGAUGAAUCGCACACGAGAGGAGGCUGAGGCUGACUCAGCUUCUUGCGUGGAUCCUUACCCAUGGGAUGGAGAGUGGGGAUGGAGAGAAGGGCCAGAAGAGGAGAGGGACCAGGGAAUUGGCCACCUUCCUGCUGUGCCCAGUGGGAUUUAGAAAAAAGCUACUUCUCUCUACAGUAAGGUGAUACUUUUGUGACUAUUGGUGUGUUGAACAGUGCAGGAAUCAAGGGUGGUAGAGACACACUGUCAGGCUGUUAGCGAUAGCCAGAAGAAAGUAGGACAGUGACAUGAAAAUAAAUCUUUUGUUAUUU